UCUCCCUGUUCCUGAAACAUCGGGCGCUGCUGCAGCGGGCUUGCACGGGCGCCUGGCUGGGCUCUGGUCUGCCUCUCCGCCUUCUCCCGGGUCCGGCUGCAAGAAGAGCGCUGCCGUCGGUGUUUGCUGGAACAGAGCGAAGAGAGGACCGGGCGGGGUUCCGGGCGGGCAGCGCUGAAGUGACAGCCUGAGAGAUCCAUCCCUUGCCCAGCCGAGAAGCGAGACCCUGACCGAGAUCACGCCCCUGCGUCUUUGCCUCCCCGGGAAGCUUCCUGUCAGCCACAGGAGAUCCGUAGUUCGGGGCUCCCUGAGUUUUUCCUUCCCCGCGAGCCUCCAAUCGCUGGGACGUGGGGACUCGCCUCUUUAGUCACCUCUGAUCUGUCUCCGCCAGACGCUUUCAGCCCGCUUGAGAUUGCUUGAUAAAAGCAGGCUGCUCCUGUGACCUAUUAACGCCUAAUCCCAGUUGAUACCCCAGUUCAUGGAUUAUCUGUGUUUUCGAGCGCUUUGCUGCAAAGGACCUCCACCACCGCGACCAGAGUAUGACUUGGUUUGCAUAGGUCUCACUGGCUCUGGAAAGACUAGUCUAUUGUCACAGCUGUGUAGUGAAAAUAGAGAAAAUAUAGUGUCAACAACAGGUUUUAGCAUAAAAGCAGUACCAUUCCAGAAUGCCAUCUUGAAUGUAAAAGAGCUUGGAGGGGCUAACAACAUCAGGAAGUACUGGAGUCGUUACUACCAAGGAUCCCAAGGAGUAAUAUUUGUAUUAGACAGUGCCUCUUCAGAAGACGAUUUAGAAAUUGCUAGAAAUGAACUGCACUCCGCGCUUCAACAUCCACAGUUAUGCACUUUGCCAUUUUUAAUAUUGGCCAAUCACCAAGACAAGCCAGCAGCUCGUUCAGUACAAGAGAUCAAAAAGUAUUUGGAACUUGAACCACUUGCCCGAGGAAAGCGCUGGAUACUUAAACCCUGUUCCUUGGAUGAUAUGGAAGCAGUAAAAGACAGCUUCGGCUUGCUGAUAAAUUUACUAGAAGACAGAGAUCUUGAACCUUCAAGAAUGUGAAGAAAACUGGGAUGGUUCUCAGCAUUGUAUCUGUUCGUCUCGCUUUCAGCUGAAUUAUGGUUUGGUUUAAGAAGACUGUGUUAGAGCUUGCAAUAAAUAUAUUUUUGCAUAGAGUCUGGAACGCCUGUUUAUAAGUUCUGUGAAUCAGGUUCAUGAUUACUUUCAGCUACGUUAUCUAUACUACUGAAUGAGGAUUUCCUCUUGUUUACUAACAAAUCUGUUCACUGUAUGCCAUUUUCCUGCAUCGUCAUUAGAAAGAACCUGAAUGUGGAAUUUUGCGACAUGUACAAAACUUAAAACCAGCUGUAAGCAGACACCAAAAGUUGUCUGGAAAUUAUAGUUACAGAGAACCAGAGUAAAUCUUGAAACCAAGAAAUGCAUUUUUAAUGCAGAAACUAAUCAGAAGCCUUAUUGAGUGCAAACACCUACCUUUUAACAUUUACAGUUUAAUUUUUUUUAGAGGGAUAAAACAUUGAUUUAGCAGGAGGUGAAGCAAAGACAGUUGGCAUAUCAGUAUUUUGUUAUGAAUCUGGAAGCCUCUCAAGUGCAAAAAUAUAGCUGUUAUAAAUGUAAAUUAAGCUGAUUAUUGUAUAAAAUGGUGAUGAAAUGGAGGCUAACAUUUAGUAAAGUUUAUGGAGCGAGAACAAUAAACAGGCUUAAAUAAUCACUGGAUGUAUUCUACAUAACUAGUAUUAUGCUAGAAUUCCUUGACCAUGGAAUCGUUAAAAAAAGUUAGUGUCUGAAUUAUAAAGUCUGUCUGUGUUUCUUAAAUACCCCUAUUUUCAGGGGCUUACAUUUCUUUCAAUCAUUGUUCUAGGCUGAAUGUUGGUAGAUAGCUUUUCAUCCUAGAGCAUAGGAUGUUGUUGUUGUUGUUAUUGUUUCUUAAAUGUGACAGCACUCCAUUUAAUUCCAAAAACCUUUCCCAGGUUUACUCUGUUUUGAAGCCCACAGACUGCUUCAAAAUUAAUUCAAAACUGUCUUGAUUUUCAGAGCCCUGGCCAUAAUACAGCAGUGGAUAGCUUCCACUUAAUUUGGAUAUUGGAUGUUAUAUUCAUCUACCAAGUAAGGAAUGGGUUAGGCCUUGGAAGAAUAUUAUAACAUUGGUGAUAUUAUAACACUGAAUCUUAUUUCUGUAUUUUGGGCUUUUUUAAUUUUCCAAGAAAAAUGCAGGAUAUGUUUCACUUGUAAAGAAAUGCUAUGCUUUUUUAUAAUUUACUUUAGGAUACAGUUGGGAAAUAAAGAUUAUCACACAGUUUUUCAAUAUAUACUGCACUUACCCCAUUUUUUAUAAUGACUAUUGCAUUGAGGUGGGGGUGGGGCUGCCUAAUCUUUGACGAUUCCUUGUGAAGGAUGCCACAUGAUAGAGUCUUAAGUAAUGGUGAGAUUACUAAAUAGGAUAGUUAAACAACUAACCAAAGGGCCAAAAAAAUCGUACAUCUAAGGGUUGUUGGGGGUUUUUUGUCGUAACUUUUUACCUGUUUCCACUCUGAAACACCCCUUUAUAACACUGGAGUUUCACAUUUAAAAAAUUGAAUUAUGGUUGUAGCUGCCUACUUCCAUCAAAAGAAACCAAGGUCAUAUUAGGUGGGAUAUGGUUGUUUUUUGCUGACACAAAUGGUUUUUCGGUUUAUUUUAGGCCCAGAAAGAUGAAAUCAUUGAAACUACUAGGUGGAGUUAAAAAUAAGCAGAUAAAGAAGGAACAAUCUUCUAAUUGGUUUCUCGUGUCUAAGGGACCAAAUUUAAAGCAAGAGAAAAUGGGCCCUAUUUCCAAGACUUCAAAAAAAAUGUCUUCACCAAUAGAUGCACUUCAGACUAUGAAAAUGGUUUUGCCUUCUAAUUUGAUCAUGAGGUCACUCACUAUGCACUGCUGUUAGGUGCAGAGGAAGAGCCUAACUAGCAAAACACAGAAUAAAGCUUCAGCCUUAUUGUAGCAAAGGGUUGCAAUCCUAUAUGUGUUUAUUUGGGAGUAAGUCCCAUAGAACUCCCAUGGAACCUUAUAAUUAUUAGACAUGGAUAGGAUCAGACUGCAGAAGCUUUAUGAAAAUGUACACCGGAAAAUUAAAUUCAUAUAAGGAUUUUCAUCAGAAACAUUUGAUGACUCCAUCCUACAGGUUAAAAAGAUACCUCAGAUCUGCUAGAGAAUUUCAGACAAAUCCUUUUAUUUUAAUUUUUAUUUGGUGGUUCUGGGUUGAACCUGGAUUUUAGCAUAUCAGUAAAGUUUUUAUAUCUUUUAAUGUUGUUGUUUUUGUAAGUAAAUCAAUAUCUCAUGUUUCUAUCUAACGUGUUCUUGAAUGUACAUUAAUCUGUGAACAACAAUACAGUUUCUUAUUGUUUCCUUUUUGAACUGGGCUUUCAUCAUAUAGAUGAACAAAAUCUCACCCCAUCCUAUCCCUAGGAAUCACUUAUCCAUGGAACAUCAUUAAAUAGUGAAUAUUGUCUCUCUCUCUUUUUUUUCUAAUUGAGAAAGUUGUGGUGGCUUAAAAUUCUUAUGGACAUCUGUUAAAUUACUUUCUGGGUGUGUUUGUGCGUGAAUGUGUGCCCACAUUGGGCCUUUUCUUAGACCAGUGACUGCCUGCAGUACUUUGGCAGUAAGAAUAAAAACAUUAUCAAUCAGUAUCCAGCAGCAGCUGUUUUGACAGGUUUCUGUCCGACAUCUAAUGCUUUACAACGUUCAGUGGCUCCUUUUGUCUCUGAGUCCUAAGAUGUUCAUUGUGUUGCUUCCAUGUUUAUAUCCUGUACUAAUAUCUGUGGGAGUGCUAGCAUUUUUUGAACAUCUUUCAUGUGUUCAGUAUUCUCCCGGUCCCGGUCCCUUGUAUUACAUGCCACAUGUCUCCACUUACAUAUUCAAAUACUGUAAACAGAAGUGUGUGUUGUGUUACUGAGCUUCUUGCAUUUCGUUAUUUAUAGAAGUUAACAGAUUUUUGUACUUAACUAGCUAACACAGUUGCCCUUUUUUUUGUAAUGGCAAAUAAUUUAUAUUACAAAGGUUUGUAUCUCACUGUAGUGAAAAGCAAUGAUUGAUCGCUAACCCACCAUAUAUCCCUGACUUUAUACGAAAAGUACAGCAUCUAUACUCAGUUGACAAAUUCAUGCACAUAACUGCUAUGCAGAAAGAACUGUUUGUGAUUUAUAUCGUUUUACGCUAACCAAAAUGAAAAUAAAUGCUGUG